ACCCCUCCCUCUGCAGAGUUGGGAGCUCUUUCUUUUUCUGCGACCAGCUCUCGCCUUGACAGCCGACACUGGCGCAGAGUCUGAGCAAAAAUCUUUACCUUAUUUUUCUGUCAUAUAGCGACCAUCCACACCCUCAUCUUCCACUCAUCAUCUUCCGGAGACAAGCGCUGGAGCGGCCUCGUCUAGAAUGGGGAACCGAGACGACGAAUACGAUUUCUUGUUCAAAGUUGUAUUAAUUGGAGACUCAGGUGUUGGAAAGAGCAACCUGCUCUCUAGAUUUACACGAAACGAGUUCAACCUCGAGAGCAAGAGUACCAUUGGGGUGGAGUUCGCCACACGCAGCAUCCAGGUGGACAGCAAGACAAUAAAGGCUCAGAUCUGGGAUACAGCAGGACAGGAACGAUACAGAGCCAUUACUUCGGCAUACUACAGAGGAGCUGUGGGGGCACUCCUAGUGUACGACAUAGCAAAACACCUGACCUAUGAGAAUGUGGAGCGCUGGCUCAAGGAACUGAGAGACCACGCCGACAACAACAUCGUCAUCAUGCUGGUCGGCAACAAAAGCGACCUGCGCCACCUCAGGGCCGUGCCCACAGAUGAAGCGCGGGCCUUUGCAGAGAAGAACAAUCUGUCAUUCAUAGAAACCUCAGCCUUGGACUCAACAAACGUUGAAGAAGCCUUCAAGAAUAUUCUUACAGAAAUCUACCGGAUUGUAUCGCAGAAACAGAUUGCUGAGCGAUCUGCCCAUGAUGAGUCCCCAGGAAACAACGUGGUGGACAUCAGCGUUCCUCCGACCACGGAUGGCCAGAGGGGGAGCAAGCUGCAGUGCUGUCAAAACCUGUAAGCCCCUGGAAAACUGUCCUGCCUCACCUGGGCCGAUUAUUACCUGAAAUCCACUUGUGCUGACGCGCUUUUAAUUACACUGGGUGCAACAAGUCAGAACGUGCAUGUCAGUGAAGUCGGUUCCAUUAGACCACAACAUGAGUUUGAUUUCAAGUAGCAAUCAGACCCAGGUAUGGUCAGAAAAUUCUGGCACAAAAACAGGACUGAGGGUACACCCUGAGCAGCUACCAGGUAGUUAACAUGAUAGCGUAGCAGAUUAGCCUUGUCUGAGACCUUGUAUGCCUAGACGUCUCUUUGGUAGACUGUUAUUCUCCCAAACUGAAGGCCUGGGUUUAAAACCCUGCCAGUUUCACUGGGAUCAGCAGUCCUGUCUUUGGGCCUUUCUCCUUCAGUCAUCAUCUCAAAAGUGGUUGUGACGCUGCUGACGCUUAUUUUGCUUUGUGUAAAAUAUAUUUUUUUCAGUUCGUUUUGUUUUGAUAGCUUGUCUGCUCACGCACAUUAUAUUAAUGCCAUGGAAAUAAAUUUUACAAUAUUA